GAGCUGUGGGGGCUUGCCUCUGCCAGCAAGCCUGCUCCAGAUGAUUGCUGACACCUAAGAGCUUGACUCUCAGAAGCCAAGGGCUUGGGUGCAUACCCCUCUGGAGCUCCCAGGGAUCUCCCAGCAAACAGGAGCAAACCUCCCCAGGGACCAGGAAGGUGCCCAGUCUUUGUGGAGUUCUCAGGUCAUGCCAUACGCAGUAAGCAGUUCGUAACGACCCUGCUGGUCUGAGAUGGGUAGAGAGCAGCAGAGGCUGCUCCCAGCCCUGCAUCCAGGCUCUGGCUGCUGACUGCCAGAAUCCUCGAGCAGGCCACUUAGUCUCUCUAAGCCUACCUGGACAGAGUGGACAGAGCAGAUUGUUGGAAUUAAGGGAGGUAAUGGGUCAAAAGUCUGCCCAUGUUCCUGGCCUGUGUCUGGGGCUCUGUAAAUUCAGGUUUUGCUCCCUCAGGUUACUUGGAUCCCAGCACCUCUUUGCGUAUUUGAGUUCUGGUCUGAUGGUUGACUCUCUCCUCACAAUCCUCACCUAGGUACUGUUUAGCAGCUGAACCUGGGGCACUAGUGGAAGAGACCGCCACACCCCCGAGGACCUUCACCAGGACUACGCCCACCUGGCUGUCCAGCCAGCACUCCAGUGUCAACACAGGCACCCAGCAGACGACGGAGGUGUGGCGUGGCCUUGGGGACAUAUGGCUGAGGCAGAACCAAGUAAGCUCUCCUCGGGCCUGGAGGCCAAGCAAGGGACAGAGUACGACACCCUGCCUUCUGACACACUCUCCAUCAGUGACUCAGACUCCGACCUCAGUUUGCCUGGUGAUGUGGAGUUGGAAGCACUAUCCCCAGAGGGGCUGCCUGGGGAGAUCCAGCAGGACUUGGGCUCCGAUGAGCCCCCCUUGCUGCCCACGAGCCUCCCCACAGCCACAGUGCAGCCGUUCCACCUUAGAGGCAUGAGCUCCACCUUCUCCCAGCGUAGCCACGACAUAUUUGACUGCCUGGAGGGGGUGGCCAGGCGGGCUCCAGCCCAAACCAGCAUGAGUGACUGUGGAGGCUUCAGGCAGCCCGUGUCGCCCUCAAGCCAACCUCCAAUGGAGGGCCUGGGCAGGGGCCAUUGCCGCCCUGCCCUGCCGAGGGUGCCCCCUGUUCCUGACUACGUGGCACACCCUGAGCGCUGGACCAAGUACAGUCUGAAAGACGUGGCCGCGGUCACUGAGCAGAGUAAUCAGGCCACUGCCCUGGCGUUCCUGGGCUCCCGGAACCUGGCCACCCACACUGACUAUGUUCCAUCCUUCAACCAGGAUCCCUCCAGCUGCGGGGAGGGAAGAGUCAUCUUCACCAAACCAGCCCGAGCCAGCGAGGCCAGACCCGAGAGGAAGAGGGCCUUGAGGAAAAGGGGAGAGCCAGGCAGGGGCGCCCUGAGGAACCUGGGCACUGCCAGGGGUGAGGGCCCUGUGGAGCUGGCCCACUUGGCCGGACCUGGGAGCCCAGAUGUUGAGGAGUGGAGCAGCCCCUGUGGGGGCCUGCAGGAGGUGGGGACCCAUAGUUGUUCCCCACCAGGACCCCCCGUGGUGGAGACUGUAGGCUUCCACGGCAGUAAGAAGCGAAGUAGAGACCACUUCCGGAGCAAGGGCAGCAGCCCUGAGGGCCCGGGUAUGAGGUCUGAGAAGGGAGAUGGCCCGGCCUGACCACAGAUGAUGCCAUCUGUGGGGCUGGCAUCAAAGGGGUGGCCAGGGCCACUCCCCAGCUGGGGUAGAGGGGAGCAUCCUGUCCCCUUGGGAAGGAAGCAGGCAGCCUGCCUGUAGGUGGCGCCAGCAGCUCUGGCUGCAGCUCUGUGCAUUGGCCAUUUCUGGAGGAGAAGAGGCCUUGCUGCAGCCUCUGUGGGGCAGCCCGAGGAGCCUGUGAGGGGUCAAUAAAGGUUACGGGUGUUCCUCA